GAGCUAUUUUGUGUUUGAUUAUAAUCAUGUGCUUGCUUGGGAUACAUCACUUGAUUAAAAACUCACAGAGAAAGCCGCUGUCGAGGUUUUCCUUAAGAAACCGAUAUGCAAAAGUAUCUUACGAUGAGCUCUUGAAGGCUACAAAUGGGUUCUCCUCAGAUAAUCUGAUCGGCACGGGAAGUUUUGGGUCGGUUUAUAAAGCUGCCAUGAACUAUGAAAACGCUGACAUCGUUGCGGUGAAAGUGCUUAACCUUCAACAGCAUGGGGCUUUCAAAAGUUUUAUGUCUGAAUGUGAGGCCCUCAGAAGCAUUCGACACCGAAAUCUUGUCAAAAUUCUUACAUUGUGCUCUAGUUUGGAUCACCGUGGUAACGAUUUCAAGGCCUUGGUUUUUGAGUACAUGCCUAAUGGGAGCUUAGAAGAGUGGCUACAUCCAAAUGCAUGCCAGAAUAGGCCAUUCAGAAGCCUAAGUCUAAUCCAGAGGUUGAACAUAGCUAUCGAUGUAGCCUCGGCAUUGGAGUAUCUUCAUCACGGAGGGUCCGUGCCGAUUGUUCACUGUGAUCUUAAGCCCAGCAACAUCCUUCUUGACAAUGAAAUGACGGCGCACGUGGGCGAUUUCGGGUUAGCAAAGUUUCUGCGGCAACCGCCUGACGAAUCAUCAGAGCGUUCAUCUACCAGCAUUGUGGGGAUCAAAGGAUCUAUUGGUUAUGUUCCUCCAGAGUAUGGAAUGGGCUGUAAACCAUCUAGGCUCGGCGAUGUGUACAGCUACGGAAUUCUUCUGCUGGAGAUGUUCACUGGAAUGAGCCCCGUCGAUGACAUGUUCAAAGAUGGUCUGAGCCUUCGUGGAUAUGUCCGUGCCACUGCUGCUUUUCCUGAACAUCUCAUGGACAUUAUAGGCAGAAAACUGCACUCAGCUGAUAAUGAUAUAGCUUACCAAGAAGAGUGUGUGCGAGAUUGUGUGGUUUUGGUGUUCGACUGCAGUCUCUCGUGCUCAAAUGAAUUGCCAUAUGAACGAUGCGACAUGACGAAAGUCUUAAAGGUGCUGAGUGCAGCAAGAGAGAGGCUUCUUAGCUAAAAGCUGUUUUUCUCCCUAUGCUACGUUUCUCACUAGAGGCAAAUGAAUGUAUGUUUGACCAUCCUCUGCUUUUCCUUAUUUGCAUUUAAAAAAUAACCUUGUGUAAUGAAUAUGCCUAGUCCUUAUGGUUUUGAUCAUUCCUUUCUAAAAUGAAUAUAACCAAAAGCAGUUAAGCACUUCAAUUUAUUUUUGCAUCUGUAUACAUUAAUAGCUUAAAAUUCCUAAUUUCUGGCUCAAGUUUAUAACUGAAGCCUAAUAUAACCCAUCAUUG